CGCUGCGGUGCCAAUAGAGAGCGACGGAGCCGGGCGGGCCGGGCAUGGAGAGCCUGGCGCAGCCCCCGCCGCCUCCGGGCUCGCUGAAGACGGGCGGCGGGGGCGCUGCCAGCCAGCUCCUCCUGGAAGAGGCGGCGGCAGGCGAGGGCGGCUGCCGCGACGGGCCCGCGGCGGCUGAGGAGGGCGGCGGGCGGCGCAGCCCUUCCCCUCCCCGGGCCCCCGCUCCCGCCGUGGUCCCCUGUACGGCGUCUCCCUCGCGGGCCCCUGAGAGCAGCUCGCCGGCGGCGGAAGGCGCGGGACUGGCGGUGCCGGAGAGCCCCGAAGCGGCGCCUACAUCGGAGAGCGGUCCCGCGGGGGCCGGUUCCGGGAGCAGCGGGGCUCCCAGUCCCCCGGGGGAGGAGUCCCGGAGCCUGGACUCAUUGGACUCCUUUUCUAACCUGCACUCCUGCUGCCCGAGCAGCUCCGAGCUCAACAGCGAUGUCGAGGAGGCGGUGGUGGCGGGGGCCUCCUCGGAGGGCGCGGCUCCGGAGCCCGAAGGGGAUAGGCCCGCCGCGGGCUCCCAGCUCCUCUCCGCCUCUAAGGAGCGUUUCCCUGGCCAGUCGGUCUAUCACAUCAAGUGGGUCCGCUGGAAGGAGGAAAACACGCCCGUCAUCACACAGAACGAGAACGGACCCUGCCCGUUGCUGGCCAUCAUGAACGUGCUGCUCUUGGCCUGGAAGAUUAAGCUGCCACCAAUGAUGGAAAUCAUAACGGCUGAACAGCUGAUGGAAUACUUGGGAGACUAUAUUCUUGAUGCAAAACCUAAAGAGAUAUCUGAAAUUCAGCGUCUAAAUUAUGAGCAGAAUAUGAGCGAUGCAAUGGCGAUUCUACAUAAGUUACAGACGGGUCUGGAUGUCAAUGUGAAGUUUACAGGUGUAAGAGUGUUUGAAUACACACCUGAAUGCAUAGUGUUUGAUCUUCUUGAUAUCCCCUUAUACCAUGGAUGGUUAGUGGACCCUCAGGUUGCUGACAUAGUAAAAGCAGUUGGUAACUGCAGUUACAAUCAGCUGGUGGAGAAGAUAAUUUCUUGUAAACAGUCAGACAACAGUGAACUGGUUAGUGAAGGAUUUGUAGCUGAGCAAUUUCUAAAUAACACAGCUACACAGCUGACAUACCAUGGACUGUGUGAGUUGACUUCAGCUGUCCAGGAGGGAGAGCUUUGUGUAUUCUUCAGGAAUAAUCAUUUCAGCACCAUGACCAAAUACAAGGGCCAGCUUUACCUGCUGGUGACAGAUCAGGGCUUUCUCACAGAAGAGAAAGUUGUUUGGGAAAGCUUGCACAAUGUGGAUGGUGAUGGAAAUUUCUGUGAUUCUGAAUUCCACCUACGGCCUCCAUCAGACCCUGAAACUGUCUACAGAGGGCAGCAGGAUCAAAUAGAUCAAGAUUACCUGAUGGCAUUGUCUCUACAACAAGAGCAGCAAAAUCAAGAGAUUAACUGGGAACAGAUCCCAGAAGGAAUCAGCGAUCUAGAGCUAGCAAAGAAGCUCCAGGAAGAGGAGGACAGGAGAGCUUCUCAGUACUAUCAGGAACAAGAACAAGCAGCUGCUCAGGUCCAGCAGGUACAAGGUGCUGCUUCUCCAGCAAGCGGAAGACAAUCUGGGAGUAAUGAACGCAAACGAAAAGAGCCUCGAGAGAAAGAGAGAGAAAAAGAGAAGAAUAGCUGUGUUCUCUUGUAAGAGAAAAUGGAUUUAGUCUGGAGCCAAGUGCAUGUCCUCAGAAGCAAAAACAAGGAGUAAAAAGGAAGACAAACCUGUUACAUGCCGCCUGUGCCUGAUUACCCCAUGGAUUUUGUUCAUGUUUCAAGAGAGGAUGGGUGACUUUGUUACAAUCAUACAGACUUUCUGCAAAGUCAUGGCGCGUGCUGCUCAAGAUGGAAUUCCAAAUCACAGUUGGAUGUGGCUGUGCUUUGAGUUAGUCAUAAGAAAUACUGCACCUUGUAGCUGAACACACAAAUCUUGGCAGUUUUGUGUCAUAGUGACAUCCAUUACUCAUUACAUCAGUUAGUAAGCUAUUUUAUCUUCUACUCUGAACAAAGGAGGUAAUUUGUUUUGUGUAAGACUUUUUCCUGAAGUCUUUACACUAGCACAAUGGAGUUCUGUGUUACUUACAUGGUAUGAAACUAUAUCUUAGGCUGGGUAUAGUCUUCAUGAAACAGGAGCCCGAAUAACAGCUGGGCACUGCCUCCUCAGUGUGUCCAGAUUUCCUUGCUUCUGGAUCUGGUAUGCUCUUAUUUUUUUUUAACCCAGAUUUAUACUGUGUUACUGCUAUCAUUGCACCUCCUGGCCAGCUUUCUUGCCCCAAGAAUAUGUGACCUGAUAGGCAUCACACAAAAAAUUGUCAUAGAGAAUGGGGCAUUUAUUUAUAAGCAAGAUGAAUAUUGUUUGCUUUUCUUGCAAUUACAAACUGGGUGUGGCAACUCAGAUGUUAUCAGGGUUAAACAAGUAAUUUUAUAGGUAACUUCUUUUUUCUUUUAGUAUAUUUUCUCUUGUAGGUAAACUGGACCAGAUAAGUUCUUAUUUAUUGACCUCUCUAUAUGAUAGGUGAAUGAUGAGAAGUGACUAAGGUCUAUAAUAAUCAUUAUUCUAUGUAAGAAUGCAGAGUUAAAAUAACUAUCUGCCUUUUUUCCAGAAGUACCUUGAACUUUAACAUGAUGCUAACAUGUCCACUUGUAUAUUUAAGCAAGUGUACUGUAGAUAAAACCACACUUAUUUGUUUUAUAAAUCAUGUAUCCUUAAAAAGCACACUUCUGAAGGGUGGUGAGAAGCGAGGCUGUUCUCAGAGACUGUUUGGGAAGGUGGUCAGGUGUAAUAUUUUGUUUUUAAAUUACUAAUUUAGAAUUUUUGGAAAGCAGAUUUUUCUAAUUUAUGGGAACCAAAUAAACAUGUUGCCUCUUGUAAUAUUUAUAGAAUGCAGGAACAGAACUCUCGCUGAAUUUUGAGGGAACUGCAGAUCUCGGUCCACUUUGAAGUCAGUAACAGUUACCUUCCUGCUGAACCUUUUUGAUAAAGAUUUCUAUUUAGCAAUUUGUAGAUACUUUUGAAAAAGGCUGCUUCUCCUGGACAAGAUACAUAUUUGUGCUCUAAGCCUGGGUAAGUGCAUUAGUAUACAAUAAUCUGGGAAAGUGAAGGCAGACAGGUGGGAUAUGACAUUCCUGGUUUCAGGUGUUUGGAGAAUUUCUGAGGGAGAGCGUGUCUAAACACUUGUCCACCAGUAAGAAGCUGCUGUUACGAACCUAGGAUGAAAAUUAGAUGGAUAGAGGAAGAAUGUCUUACUAACUAAAGGGCCAGUUUGUAUCGCUUUUUUUCUUUCAUGCCUCUUUUGGUUUUCCCACUUUUGUUACAAUUUCCCUUUUAUAAUAAUGAAGUAAUGAACAAUAGGAGGUCUCUAAUACACAAACUGUAAAUUUAAAGAUUUCUCUAUUAUCUAGAAAAGUCAUGGCCAGAAAAGUAAUUUUAAUACGUAAUGUAUGCAGAUAAUUUUCUCUGUCAAAGCAAAGGUGGACAUCUUUUUUCCUUUGCAGCAGCCUAACUUCUUCAAACAAAUUAAUGUGAUGGAGGAUCACCAACAUAAUGAUUUACCUACUUUAAGCAGAUCAGAAAAUAUUCCAGUAGUGUCAAUAACAAAGACUUUAAGCCAGAAUGUUGUUUAAAAACAUUCUGUUACUAAGAUUUCUCCAAAUUUGUGUAUUUACAUUUAUUUAUUGACCUUGAAAAAUAAAUAUGUCACGCUAAGUGUUUGUUAUCUUAUUAUUUUUAGUGACAGUACUGUCACUUUAAAUUCCUUUUUCAACAAACCUAGCUGGAGCAGCAUUGUGGCUAUAGUGUGUAUCUUUUCACCCCAAGAUACUUGCUCAGAUUAGAAUAAUUCAUGUAACAUUUCCAGUUUCAGACAGAUGUGCCUGAAACCUAAAAUACUGUAGUUACAGUAAUGUCAUGUGGUCACAGAGGGAAAAGAGUUAAAUGCCAAUAGUCAUCAUGAAGUCUGAACUCCCAGAUAAUUCAGGUUUCCUUUCAAUAAAGGAGUAAGGAGUUUCAGGUUAAAUGAGAUGGCAGACAUGCUGUUCAAACAGUUCUCUGUUUGUAUCUUUUUCUUUACAGGUCUUGAAGCUUUGGAAAAAAGGUAAAGAAUUUGUGAAAUCUAGGACAUUGUUCUGCACAGGCUGAGCUUGUUAGUAGCCAAAGUUUUAAGUGGAUGAGCUUGUUAGUAUUCAAAAUGAGACGCAUCUGGAAGCUUUGUUUGUACCCCACUGUGACUAAGCACUCCAAAAGCAACUAUCACAGUUGGUAUCUCUGACAGUAUCUGGUGGUUAAAAAUAAUGAACAGAAUUGCUUUUAUCUGUAACCAUGAGCUUUGAAAACAAAGUAUUGAUGGAGUACCCGAAAGACAAUGUUUACUUCUGACUGCUUCAUUUGCCUCUUUUUUGAAGCUAACGUUCUGGUGAAAGAGUGCAGAUUUAUACUUUAAAUUUGUUUACACAAUUUAGCAUGCACAUGCUCCAAAUGCCUACAUAAUAUAUAGGAAAGUGUGCAGAAAAGUAGAGUAGAAUUUGUUUUCCACUACAUAAAAGCUAGCACAGAAGACAGAAUCCUAGAAUUUUUUGUUGUUGCAUUGUAGUUGUGAAAUAAAGCUAAAUACAAGUAUUCUUGGAAUUAGCAAAAAACAAAGAGCACUGCCAUAGUGAUAAAUGUUUUACUAAAAGGCACUUUGUAAAUGCUCAAAUGAACUAUUUUUCUUGUGAUGCUUAUGGAAUCUGCAACCCAACACAGCAGAUCCAGAGGCAGAUUGUAACACAAGGAUAAAACUAGCAUUCCUGAAAAUUCACUUUAAUACAAUGCAAAAAAUACAUUUUGUAGCUAGUCAUCUAGUCAGCAUGUGUUCAGAUUGUCUUUGCAGAGCUGCUCUUGUGGGUCACAGACACACAACCUACAAGUGAAGCAUAUGCUCUUCUGUGUACACUCGCAUUGGAUUGCUGAUCUCCACUCCCAUUUGGUAUUUCACGUUAUUGUUAAAUGCUUCUUUAAACUUGUACACACAGGUUCUUGGAAAAAAAAAAUUCCAGUAUGUAAUAAAAGGCAAUUUGAGUUCUUGAAAUUGAACUUUUGGUGUAUUCAGCAGGAAAUACUCAAGUAAAAGGUGAAGAUAAUGUACAUUUAAUUGAACCUUUCUUCUUUCCUGCUACAAUAGACCUGCAAUACAAAGCUAGCUCGUUGCUUAGAUCAGCUUUCUUACCAUUAGGAUGCUUAUCAUAGUCAAUUGUUGAAGUUUAUACAAAGUACAUUCUAAAAGACAACAUACUGAAUUAAGAGCAGUAUUCAUUUUAUGUGAGAGUAGUCUUUAAUGUUGUAACUGUAAGCAGCAGGUGACUCAUGAAAUGCAAGUUAAUUGAUGCAGUAUCAGCAUUACAAAGCGUAUUAGAGAAAAACAAAAGUAACAAGCCUUAGUUUGUUUGCAAUAUAAUGCUGACAUUUCUUCCAUCUAUGCUGAUAGCAAGACCUCAGUAGCAAGAAAAGUCUGACACUGAAAAAUGUUCGUAUAGUCUAAUGAUAGCAAAUGUCACAUGCAGGAACUUAAACAUAUGCAUUUUAUCUUGUGAUUCCAGUGCAGUUACUUUUUUUGAAGCAUAAUUAGCAAUAAACUGUUAGCAGUGUUGUUUUGAGUGGGAAAAUUUGGUGAGAUGAAUGACACUUUGUUACACAAAAUCAUUUAUACAGAAGUCAAUUUGAUGUUAACUUUCACAGUGCUUUCAUAUAGCUUCUUCAUGUUCACAGACUUCUGAUAGUUGUCCAGUAAAAAAGCAAUGUAUUUAA